AUGAGCUUCCUAAGCCACCACUCCGAGCAGCAUUCACAUUUGCUGUUCGUAAAUUUUAACCAAGAUUCAUCUUCGCUUCAGACAGGUUCAAAGACAGGAUUCAAACUCUAUCCUUUGAACUCAGUGGACAAUUUGGAAUUCACACAUGAAAAUAAUGAAAGGCCUAAUAUUCAUCUGGUUGAACGGCUUUUUGCCAGUAGCCUGGUGGCUCUAGUGAGCAUUGAUCAUCCACGCAAGCUGGAUGUGUGUCAUUUCAAGAAAGGCUCUGAGAUUUGCAAUUAUUCAUACUCAAAUGCUAUAUUGGCUGUUAAACUGAACAGAAUGAGGUUGGUGGUUUGUUUGGAAGAAAGUCUGUAUAUCCACAACAUUCGAGACAUGAAGGUUCUACACACCAUCCGAGACACGCCUUCAAACCCCAAGGGCAUAUGUGCGCUGUCACCACACAAUGAGCAUGCUUACUUAGCUUACCCGGGCAGUGUUCAGGCUGGGGAAGUCCAGAUAUUUGAUACUAUCACUCUGAGAGCUGUAAUCAACAUUUCUGCUCAUGACAACCCUCUAGCUGCAGUGGCGUUUAACCCACAAGGGACCAGGCUGGCGACUGCAUCAGAGAAGGGUACUGUAAUUCGAGUGUUUAGCCUUCCAGACGGCGCAAAGUUGUUUGAGUUUCGCAGGGGUCUGAAAAGAUGUGCAGAUAUUCAGUGUCUUGCAUUUAGUGUCGACUCUGUCUUCCUCUGCACAUGCAGCAAUACAGAAACCGUGCAUAUUUUCAAACUGGAGGAACAGAAAGAAAAACCCCAGGAAGACACAUCUUGGAUGGGUAUUUUAAACAGCACAUUUAGAACGUCUGCCAGUUACCUCCCUGCUGGCAUCUCUGAUGUCAUGAACCAGGGUCGUUCAUUUGCCACUGCUCGACUGCCGCACGCAGGCCUCAAGAGUGUUUGCACAAUCACUCCUUUGCAGAAGAUUCCGAGACUUUUGGUGGCAACCUUGGAAGGCCAUCUGUAUAUUUACAAUAUUGACCCUAAUGAAGGCGGAGAGUGUACUUUGUUGAGAACACAUUCCUUGACUGGCCAGGCAUCAGAGCACACAGGAUCCGCUGAGGAAGGUGGCAGUGAUCGACCUCUGACACAAUCUGAUGAUGCUUCACCCUACGUGAGGCGACACCAUUCACUGUCAGCAGAGACGGCAGCUCCAACAGACUCACAACCUUACCAGGAUCCGCUGGAUGGAGCAGUUGGGGGUGAGGAACCUUUAAGGACACUGCGGAUCCAUGAUGAUACUGAGUUCCCUCCAGUGUCACCCAAGUUGAUGUAG